AGGCGAGCGAACUAUCUUGAUCGGAUUUUCAGUAACCGCCCUGCUCUAUUGUAGACUCCAUUUGAACAACACGCUGGAUGGCACACAAGAAGUCUCGCACAAUGCGCGUCUCUCUUUUAAAUGCCCCUAUGAGCUCAGAGAGCUCGUGUUGCCGUGAUCCAAGGCGCUCGGGCGCAACAACCAUUCCCCAGAGCUCCCUAGAAACGUUACUCUCUCCACAGGGUGGAUAUCUUUCGUUCGCAUUGGAACCAUCUUCACCAAGGCUUGAGCAUCCAAGAUGUAGCAAAUAUUGGGCAAUCUUUCAGCUAAAUACAGUGCAGCGAAUUGUAUCGGCGAUUGUCUUAGCUCCGCUCGUGACGGUCUUCUUAUGGCUUUCACCGGCUUUUGCAACAUCAACGGUUUGCAGCUUUGUAACAAGCGCAUGUUCGUACGAAUACGCGUGGCUAUCGAAUCGAAUUCGCUUACGGAUUAUCACGCGGCUUGAAGCUCUGGAAGGCGUUUGGAACGAAAACUCUACCGGAUCUAACAGUACUUUUAUAUCCAGUCAGACUGUCGAGGCAGACGCCAUAACUGGCAGGAACUUCUCGUCACAGUCUCAACGUGUAAGUACUGAUCUUCACAGUAGAGCGCUGCAAUCAUCGCAGACGGACAUUCGCUCGCGUCUGGAAGAGCAAGAACAAGAGGAUAUUGCACAUGUCGACGAGGCGCUGUGUACACUAGAAACACGACUAAAACGCCACGCUGUAAGUGAGAUAGCAUUACUCUAUUUCAACGACACCGAUAAACUGGCAGCGGGGUGUGUCUCAGUGGUUAUAUGCGCUGCGUCGUCUACGUUAUUCCUCUUAUCCAUUGGGCACGCCCAGGCACUCCAGGCCACUGAAUUCUACGAGUCUCGUUGGUUCUACGCCAUUGCAACAAGCUUCGUUGCUGGGUUCUGUGCUUGUCUGGCGCCUGAUUGGCAGUACGCGUUCACGAUUCUCGUGCAGUAUGGAGUGUUUACUGUCCUGACGAUGUAUUCUACAGGAUGUCCACUGAAUGACUUCAGUUGCGGCAUUGGACUAGAACCCGAAGUGGCUUUUCUGAUUGGUAUACUAUUGCUGCUCAUCUGCCGGUUUACUGCCUGCCGGAGCGGUAUUGAGGCUUUUCUAUCGUUCAUAUUAGACGUGCUGGGUCUUCUUUAUAUCUCCGGAACAUUGUCCAUACUCGUGGCUUUCGUGGACGAUGAACGGAAAGUAUUAUACCGUGAGUUACUUAUCGCUUUGCUGUACAUCGUUUGGGCAGCCGAUACUGGCGCUUAUAUCACGGGAAAAACACUGGAGCUGACCAAGUAUCCGUACCAUAACCCGCUUGCCGCGCAUUUAUCUAAGAAUAAGGACUAUGAAGGAACUCUUGGAGCUGUGGUGUUUGGAAUUGGUGCGAUGGCUGUGGUUUCUAAAGCUCUAGAUCUUCCGGGAUCGUUUGGUUCCAAAGUGCUAUUUACUAUCGUAGCGGUGAUCACUGGAAGAAUAGGAGAUUUGUUUGAGAGUCUGUUGAAGCGCGCUGCAGGUGUGAAAGACUCUGGCAAACUCAUCCCUGGUCAUGGCGGUAUGCUGGAUCGUAUUGACGCGUUGAUGUUUGCUACUCUAAUAUUCUCGCGUUAUUACCAUGUUGUUUGACGCCGUAAUUUACCACUAACAUUUUAAAUUGAUAUAAAAAAUAUUUGCU